CAAUCGUAUAACCAUAGAAUCAUUAGAAUUCCGAUAGUACGCGCCUCAAAAGGGAACGGACCGCGCAGGUGCCCGUUGUAUCAUACCGUCUAUUGGCGGUUGCUCAUGUUUGCACUCUUCAUUGGCAUUUAAUUCAAUACUAAUAACAUAAUGAAUUAUUAUUGUUGGACGUGGUUCGGAGGAGUGUGCAAAAAAACCUUACGGCGCCCGAAGGUCAACCGUACGAGUAUUUUGUGGUGGUCGAGUAUUUCAUUAGUUAUCGUAUCAUAUUAGUAAAAAAAAAUAUUACAUAAAUUAUUAUUGAUGUUUAUGUAACGCUUUCAUCAACUCGGAGAUUACGACUUCUAGCGUAUUAGAUUUUAUAUAAUUUGUUCAUUCCAUUGGAAGCUAAUUUUAAUUUCAUUAUAUUAUUGAAUUGUUCAUAAUUAUAAAAAUUUAAAUCAAAGUAAAAAUGAGUCUCGCAGAUAUUGUUGGCAAAUGUGCUGCCAUUGCAACUAUUGGAACAUUUUUUGCUCCUGUUCUUAUUUGUAGAGACAUUAUAAAAAAUAAAAGCACAAAGAAUAUUGAUCCUACACCAUUUGUUGGAGGUAUGGCUAUGUCCAUACUUAUGAUCAAAAAUGGACUGCUUAUGAAUGACCCUAACAUUAUACCAGUUAAUAUUUUUGGAUUUGUUUUAAACUUGAUUUAUUUUUUGGUAUUUUUUUAUUAUACACCUAAUUCGAGUCCAUUGAUUUCAAUGGUUACAAAAGCUACACUGUUCACUGGUGUGUUGUGGGGAUAUUCAGCAAUUGAAGAUGAAAAAUUAAUUGAACACCGUUUUGGUAUUAUUCUUACUGCACUUAUGUUUGCACUUAUUGGAUCCCCUUUAUUUUCUUUGAAAAAUAUCAUUAAAAAUAAAGAUGCUUCAAUGUUACCUUUUCCAAUGAUUUCUUCUGGUGCUUUUGUUGCAUUCCUAUGGUUAAUAUAUGGACUAUUGAUAGACAAUGUUUUUAUGAAGAUUCAGAACAUUGUAGUCGUUAUAUUGUGUUUGAUACAAUUAGGAUUAAUAUUCAAAUAUCCUAAACCUGAUAGCAAGAAGAGUAAUUAAUUGAUAUAGCUGUUAUACAUACCUUUUUUGUAGCUGCACUAGCAUUUAUUUAUGUAUACUGUGAUUUUCUUGUAAGUCCUUUCAUAUAUUAUUAAGUUUAAUCAUAUAUACUUACAUUGCCAUUGUAUUGUUAUUGAUAUUAAAUAUUGUAAUUUUUUAUAUACCAUGAAAUGGUAUCAAAACUACAUAACCAAAAAUCAAAAUCAUUCCAAUAGAUUAUUAAAAUUAUUC